AUGGCUUUAUCUCCUGGAGAUCCGCACUCCUUUUCAAGACCAGAAUUUGCACGUGUAACUAACAUUCAUUUGGAACUAUAUGUAGAUUUUUAUCGAACAAUUCUUAAAGGAAAAGCGAUUUUGACUAUAGAAAAAAAAAAACAUUCAAUUACAGAAAUAAUUUUAGAUAAUUAUGCACUUGUCAUAAAACGUGUCACAAAUCCUGUUACCGAAGCAUUUUUAGAAUAUUCUAUUGGACAUCAACAUAUUGUUGGAAGCUCAUUUACCGUACAGUUACCAAAAACUGAAGAAGAAUACAGUGAUUUUAAGCCUACAUGUAAAAUUCAAAUUGAAUAUGAAACAAGUCCAGACUCACCUGCAUUAUAUUGGCUAACACCUGCACAAACUGCCGAUGGUACACAUCCUUUCCUAUUGUCUAAUAACAAGUUAACAUUCGCUAGAGCAGUAUUUCCCUGCCAAGAUACACCAUCUGUCAAAUUUUCGUACACUGCUACGAUUAUAGUGCCAAAAGAUUUCACAGUUGUAAUGUCUGCACUUUCGCAAAAUGUAUUUAAAAAUUCGAAACAAGUAGCAUCUUACGCAGUAAUUAUUGCUGUAGGUUCACUACAGAAAAAACAUCUUAGUAUAAGAAGCAAUGUGUUUGCUGAGAAGAAAUUUAUUAACGAAGCUGUCUAUACAUUUCGUACAGGCGUAAUUGAAAAGAUGUUGGAUACUGCUGAAGAUUUGUGUGGAUCUUAUUUUUGGGAUAGAUACGAUAUAUGUGUUCUUCCACCAUGUCUCGGCCAUUUCGAAAUAGAAUGUCCAUGCAUAACAUUUUUUUCAUCAAAUUUACUUUACGGAGAUGAUUGUAGUAUCAGUUCACUCGCUCUAAAUAUCGCACAAAGCUGGGCAGGACAUUUAGUUACAUGUACAAAUUAUAAUCAUUUCUGGCUACAUAAAAGUUUCAGCAUGUUUGUUGGCAGGAAAAUCAUUUGCAAAAUAUGGACGCUUAAUGAAACGCAGUUAUUUUACAAAAAAUUAUCAUAUCUCGAUUUGAAUAGGAUGAUAGAUAUAUCAAGUGAGACCAACUCAUUAAAAAACUUAGUACCCGAUUUGACUGGUUUGUUGCCUAUAAACUUCAUUAGACAUGUACCCUACGAACUAGGAUGUAUGUUUUUAGACAACCUAGAGACUAACUUAGGAGGAUCUUUAAUAUUCGAAGAAUUUCUUAAAUCUUAUUUUUAUAAUUUCGCAUACAAAAGUAUAAAGACGGAUGAUUGGAAGGAGUAUUUGAAUAAGUACUUUGCUAAAAUAGUGAAUAAAAAGAUUGAUUUAAAAUUAAUAAUGGAAAACAUAUUUCACAGAUUUCUUUGGCUGCUAUUGUGCAUUAAAGUUCAUUGGCACGAAAAAAUUCUAGAAGCUCUGGACUUUGUUGUUCAGUUUUGCUCGUCACAUUAUGCGUGGCAUAUAUUCAAUUAUAUACUUGAAUUGCCAGAAUAUCAUUCUACAUUGAGCGAAAUAUUUAAAAAAAAUCAAGAAAAAAUGUUGUCUUACACUCGGAACAAAUUAACACCAAUUCUAUUCUCGAAACAUUGA